GGGCCUGGUCGGGGCGGUCCCGGGGCGGAGCGGGCGGCGGCCAUGGGGGUGUCGGUGCCGUGGGCGCUGCGGGCCGGGCUGGCGCUGGGGGCUUUGGCCUUGCUGCUGCAGGGGCUGCGGGGCUGGCUGGCCUGCAAGAGGUACGAGUUCCAGCCCGCGGAGAUCGCCCAGCUCGCCCGGCACCACGCGGGGCUGGACCAUGAGCUGGCUUUCUCCAAGAUCAUCGUGGAGCUGCGGAAGAAGCACCCGGGCCACAUCCUGCCCGACGAGGACCUGCAGUGGGUGUUCGUGAACGCGGGCGGCUGGAUGGGCUCCAUGUGCCUGCUGCACGCCUCCCUCACCGAGUACGUGCUGCUCUUCGGGACGGCCGUCGACACCGGGGGACACUCGGGUCGGUACUGGGCAGAUAUCUCCGACACCGUCAUCUCGGGCACGUUCCGGCAGUGGAAGGAGGGGACCACCAGGAGUGAGAUCUACUAUCCCGGGGACACCAUCGUGCACCAGGCAGGAGAGGCCACGUCGGUGCAGUGGAGCGCAGGCACCUGGAUGGUGGAGUACGGCCGGGGCUUCAUCCCCUCCACGCUCGCCUUCGCCCUGGCUGACACCCUCUUCAGCACUCAGGACUUCCUCACCCUCUUCUACACCCUGCGCGUCUACGCCAAGGGCCUGCUCCUGGAAGCCAGCGCCUUCAUCAGCACCUUGGGGUGCUGAGCCCAGCCGGAUGGGCUUCCCCGCCAGCCUUCCUCCCCGUUCCUCCUCCUCCUCCUCUCCAGGCCGCAAGUCCCAAAACCUGGGGACGAGGAUGCUGGCGCGAGCUGGGCUGCCCUGUGCCCCUCGGGGCAGGGUGCACGGGGAAAGCUGGCCCCGAGCAGCCUCGGCAGAGGUCGGCCAGGAGGUUCCUGGUGUCCUGGCCGGGCUGGCGAGCUGCCGCGGCUGCGGUCAGCGCAGAGCACGGCAUCCAGCUGGCAGCUCCUGCCCUGGCUCUCAUCCCUGUGGACAUGGGUUGGCAGCACGCGGUGUUCCCAUGGCACCAGGGGGCUCUGUGCCGGGACCCCCAGGCGGCCAGGGGAUGCGCGGCCUCUGCUGGAGGUCUGCCCUGGACUGACCCCUGGCCCCGGUGUGCUGUCUCCCCCGGGGAUACGGGGGCUGGAGGAGGGUCCCUUUCCCACGCACCCCCCUGCUGUCCCCCCAGGGGGGACAGCCACCGUCUGUCGCCUUAACCGAGUGUGGCCUCCAGGCUGUGCACGUACCUAGUGUCUGCGGGUGCCCGAACCCCCGAAUCAGCUCAGGAUGGGACUUUGCCCCUCAAAACGCUUCCCCUGCCCGAGGCCCGUCAGGAUCCCUGGCUGGGCUGGGGUACGGACCCCGCUUGCAGCCCCGUGCCCAACACCGGACCCGCACGAGCUCGCUGCUCGGUGGAGGGCUUUCACCUCCAUGCUGUUGCCAAAAUUACGUGUGUGUGUGUGUGUGAGUGUGUCCUGGCCACCAGGCCUGUAGCAUGUCCCUCCUCCCACUCCUCAUACUGGCCCCAUCCCACCGACCAGCAGCCCCACACACGGGCUAUGUCUUAAUUUGCCACCCAAAAAGAGAUGUCAGUAAUAAACGUCUUCAUCCCACCUGCCA